ACCGGCCCAGCAAGUCGCGUCCUUCCAAGUAACGGCUAACUCCACCCGCUAUAGCCUGUCAUACCCCCUCCACCAUCCCCAACGGUCACAUUUUCCUUGACAUAUUGUAAAAAAUCACAACGUUUAGUUCCGAAACCCCUCCCUAUAUAAUUCUCAGUUUCUCCGAUACCUUUCCAUAUUCAUCGGAGAUCAAUCACGAACACUAAAAACACAAAGAUUGGUUGAUUUCUUCACACGUCGAGUUCCAAAGAUGAUGCAUAGGCUUGCUGUUGUACUUUCUAUGUUUGUUUUGUGUGUCUCACACUCCGGUGUGGUACAAGCAGACAAUGCGCCCGCUCCUUCGCCAAAGCCAACACCAACAAACUCACCCUCUCCGUCAAAUUCUCCGGCCCCUUCUCCGACCUCUUCUCCUGCCAUCUCUCCGGCGACUACUUCGACACCCACUUCAAACUCUCCGACUACUUCUCCGCCUACGUCUGCUCCAACAGUUUCUCCACCGGUGUCGACCCCGCCGGCAAAAUCCCCGUCAGUUUCACCACCGGUGUCGACCCCGCCGGCAAAAUCCCCGUCGCUUUCACCUGCCAAAUCUCCGGCUAAUCCCCCGGCCACAUCUGUUUCGCCUACUCCGAGCCCGUCGACAAAUGGGUCACCUCCGGUUUCGUCCCCUGUCCCGGUUUCGUCUCCGGCCACCACUCCGGUCAGUACCCCGGUAACGGCUCCCGUCCCAGCGAGUUCCGCCACUCCCGAGGCUUCGGCGAGCAUUCCAUCGAGUUCGGCGACUCCGGGUGAGGCACCGGUAACGCUUCCAUCGAGCGGUAGUCCGCCGAGUCCGGCGACGGCAAGUUUGUCGCCUGAUACUGCACAAGGUCCGGUUGGUGAUGAUUCGGGUUCUGAUUCAAUGUACGGGGGGGCUCGGAUCAUUUUGAGUGGCUUGAGUAUCGUGGCCGCUUUGGCUUUCUAAAUUUCUACUCUCUUUUUUUCCACAUUAUUCAUAUUUAUUUGCUGUUGUCACCAGUAUUGUUUUUAGGACAUUGUUGUAUUUUUGUUGAAUGAUAGAUAUUUGUUUAGUUUUAUUAUAUUAUUAAUUUGGAAUUUUUGUAUCAGUUCGUUCGAUAAAUAUGUUGGAAUUAAUUGAGAAUUUAAUUUGUUUCA